GUACGUGUCGUCAUUGCAGGUGCUAUGUCCGGUCCGUGUGCUGGUGGGGGCGAUAGGAACCGGGUGGCCUGCGUGUUCUAUGAGGCCACCGCAAGGAAAGAGCUGUAAUAUGUAUUUCAUAGCUGCUGACGUAGCCGAAAAACAUGAGUUCGAAGCAGCCUUCAGGUGCUCCGUCAAGAUGAUCGAUUACAGAUCAUUCACGAUGCAGCUUGAGAAGAACAAUAGUACGGGAUCGAUCAUGAUGGAAUUAUCAGCAGAGGGGCAUGUCUCUGUAAUGCUGACGACCCAAAGUAAACAGCUGGAGUUUUUCUCCAGCCUAGCGAGGAGGGGCGUCCUCAGGAAAGUACAACAACUAUACGUCAAACUUGACGUCACAAAUGAGAACACAACAUCACAGCAGUAUAUGGCAUAUUUACAACAACUUCGAGAUAUACAUUCGAGUGGCUUCAGGAUUUAUCAUUUCAAGAGAAUUUACCAACAUGCGUACAAGUCCAACAGGUGGAGAACCGGUGGAUAUGUCUUGUUUUUUAUCCGCGAUAAAUCAAACGUGUCCCCAGCUCCAAUAUUACCUCCUAUUACAUAUCUAAGGAAUGUCACUGCUGUCCAGGGCGCUGCUUUAUACCACGAUUACAUGCUACAGUCACAGAUUCUAUGUAAUGCCUUGGUACGGGUCGGUCAGAUCGGUAAUGGCGGCUGGGAAAUUUGUAACGACACGGAUGUACGUCCAGCGUCAGAGUGUUUAGUCUACUCCUUCGGGAUGAAUGGGAAUUGGGCGUUUGAAAUAGACAUGAUACGAAAGUUUGGUUGCACUGUUCACUCCUUUGAUCAGAACGUGAAGCUGCCAUCGUACAAGAAUACAAGUCUCAUUAGACGCCAUUUCAUUGGGCUAUGGCAUGAAGAUACAUUCCUGUAUAAGAAUGGUGGUGAGAAGUUCCGGAUGGAAACGUUAAAGUUGUUACGUACAAGGAUGGGGCACGACAAGAUCCCCAUUGACAUUAUAAAAAUCGACAUUGGUGCAGCUGAAUGGCACAUUCUCCCAAACAUCAUUGAGACUGGUGCCCUUUUGGGAGUAAGACAGCUUCUGAUUGAGGUUCACGUAGCCAUACAAGGUGCUGAUAUCCAUUUCCGGGAGAAGCUGGUAAUUCUCCGGGAGCUGUAUGACAUGGGGUUCCGUUUGUUCUGGUCACACCCUAGCGAUGAGCCCGGAAAGACUUUCAGGUGUUCAGUAAACCAGAAACACACAACAUGUUGUUACGAAUUACAUUUCAUUAAUAAAAAAUAUGUUUCAUGAAUUCAUUAACAUUCUACACCGACA